CAUUUUCCACCCGGACGAUUUACACUGUAGCACGCUGCCAAAACUUAAAAAGGACCCAUGCGGCGAAAGCAGCAGUGUGUCCUGACAUUAGUCUGUGGUUAAUGAUACAGUAUUCAGAGUAAUUAGAAAGGUUUAAUAAUUAAAAUGUCGUUAGAGUCGGGCGGAGCGGCGCCCCCGAACUGGAUCCUUCAGCACCCAGCGUAUCAGCAAAUGAAGAAUCUGGAGGUUGGGGACAGUGAACAGGUACACGGAGCCUUCCUUGCCUAUAUGGAUCUUUCUGAGGUGCGUCGCUGGAAAGAAGUGUCCUGUGUCAAGAGUCCUGAGCUGCAGAUGGUUUUACUGGAAGGGAGGGAAAAGGAAGGAGGACCCAUCCAGACAAUUCUUCCGCUGCCUGUUCACCGUUCUCUGAGCCACAAGAGCAUACGUCAUGUGCUGGACAGAGGCUUUCCCAUGCUGCUGUGUGCUGUAGCUUCUGACUCCACCCUGGUCUACCAGAGGAUGACUGAUGGGUUGGUGACACCCGACCCCCCUGUGGGACCCUUCCAGGAUGUGGGACGCCGACAGCAUCGGAAGAGACGGCAGCAGCACUGAGCAGCUGGAGUGAGAGGACACUAUGGUGUUGUUGUGAACCAAAGAUAAGCCUGUCUGUCUGUCUGUCUGUGUAAGCCGCUCCGAUAAAAAGUCAAAGGUGUACUGGCAACGUGGCAGCAGGUGCAGAUGGAUGAAGCCACAGUGCUGUUCGAGGUGCUCUCAGUAAGAAACCUCUGGCUACAAUCAACCAGUCUAGGGAGUCUAGUUCACUGGUUCUCAAACUGUUUGGCUACUUAUAACCUUUGACCCCUUGUCACUGGUCUGUGGGUCAGCAGGUCAACCAAAGAGUUUUAUUUGAAUAAUUUUCACAUGAGCUACGAGUUAAGAUUUUGCAGUAAUUGGCAACAUAAAAAGAUAUUUUUGUGUAUAAAUGCAUAAUUUAUUUCCUGCUUUCCGAACCUCCUUUCUGUCUCGUAACCCCUCAGAUUGGAGAGUUUAAGAGAAAACACACUGACAGAACACAGGCCUGUUCCCCCAAGCCUGCCAGUCUUUGUUUUAUGCUUGCUCAUAACAAGGUUGACUAAGUGCUCAGAUGUGUAAUAAAAAGUAUUUUGGGUACAUUACUACUAGGGCCUGACUUUUUUUCCCUGAUACCUAUAUUGAUAUUUGAAAGUUUAUAAAAGUGAUCAUCAUGAGAUUUCUUUUCAUCAUAAUGACAUAACAUUAACAAAUAUUUUUGAUAAGGGUCCCUAAAAUUGUGACUGUAAAUGACUCACAUACACUGUUAGUCUGUGCAUAAUAGGCUAAAUGUAAAGUUUGUCUUUAAUCCUA